GUACUGGAAAUAACUUUCCUGACACAUACAAUCCUGAGGCUGUAGAGGCAUGUUGGUUUAAGUGGUGGGAGAAAUGUAAAUUUUUCACUCCAGAAUUUGUUUUGUCAAAUAAGUUGGAUAAUCAGACUGUAAGAGGAGAUGAAAAAAAAAGGUUUACAAUGGUGAUACCUCCUCCAAAUGUUACAGGAUCCCUUCAUCUUGGUCAUGCUUUGACAGUUGCUAUUCAGGAUUCUAUAGUUCGUUGGAACAGAAUGCAAGGUAAAGUGGUUUUAUGGGUUCCUGGCUGUGAUCAUGCUGGAAUUGCCACUCAAGUAAUGGUGGAGAAAAGGUUGUGGAAGGAAAAGAAAAAAUCACGACAUGAAAUUGGUCGAGAACAAUUUAUAAAAGAUGUUUUUCAUUGGAAAAAUGAGAAAGAGGCAGAGAUUUAUCACCAAUUGAAGAUGUUGGGAUCAUCACUUGAUUUUAACCGAACAUCAUUCACAAUGGAUAAGAAAAAUUCUAAUGCUGUCAAUGAAGCUUUUAUAUGUAUGUUUGAAGAAGGAAUGAUUUAUCGUCGGGAACACUUAGUAAACUGGUGUUGCUCAUUACAGUCAGCUAUCUCUGACAUUGAGGUAGAACAUAUCGAAGUUUGUGGAGAGUCUUUGAUAGAUGUGCCAGGCAUGACUGAACCUGUAAAAUUUGGAGUACUUGAGAUGUUUGCUUACCCACUGGAAAACUCGGAAGGGGAAAUUAUAGUAUCGACAACAAGGCUUGAGACCAUGUUGGGAGACACUGCUUUAGCUGUGCAUCCAGAUGAUGGUCGUUAUAAACAUUUUUUGGGGAGAUAUUAGCAUCCUUUUACUGGCCAGAGGCUACAAGUCAUAGCAGAAGAAAGCGUAAAGAGUGAACAAGGAACAGGAGCUCUGAAAGUUACUCCAGCUCAUCAUAUGGCUGAUUUUAUAAUCGGGAAGAGACAUAACUUAGAGUUUGUGGAUAUCCUAGAUGAUAAAGGGUAUAUAAAAAAAGAAAUUCCAAGAUUUGGGGCCUUACCUCGUUUCAUUGCCCGAAAAAUGAUAAGAGAGGCUCUGAAGGAGAGAGGACUGUAUCGUGGAAUGGAGCAACACAAGUAUACUAUACCAGUUUGCAGUCGGUCACAAGACAUCAUAGAACCACGAUUAAAACCUCAGUGGUUUCUCCAGUGUUCAGAGCUGGCAGAGAAAGCCAUACAAGCUGUAAGGAAAGGAGAAUUACAACUCAUUCCUGCGAGUCAUGUAAAUGUGUGGGAAGAGUGGCUAGGAAAUGUGCAAGAUUGGUGCAUAUCUAGACAGCUUUGGUGGGGACACCAGAUUCCAGCUUAUCGAAUAACUAAUAUUAAUGAACUUGUUAAGAAUAGUAAAGAGACCUGGAUUGCUGCACAUAGUGAAAAAGAAGCCUUACUUAAAGCAUGUAAAAAGCUAGGAGUGAAACAGAAUCAAAUUCAGCUGGAAAGAGAUCCAGAUGUAUUAGACACUUGGUAUUCUUCAGCACUUUUUCCCUUUUCGGUGUUUGGAUGGCCAGAAGAUUCAGAAGACUUUAAACAGUUUUACCCUCUGUCAAUGAUGGAAACUGGUCAUGACAUUUUGUUUUUCUGGGUGGCUAGAAUGGUGAUGUUAGGUCAGAAGCUUACAGGAAAACUUCCCUUUUCCAAGGUUGUACUUCAUGGUAUGCUAUGUGAUGCUAUGGGAAAGAAAAUGUCAAAGACUCUAGGUAAUGUGGUAGACCCAGUAGAUGUUAUUCAUGGCAUCUCUUUAGAGGAACUUGAUAAAAAACUUCAUAGUAGUUUUGAGAAAGGUGUCUUGUCAGCUGAAGAACGUGAAAGAGCUCUGAAGGGUCAAAAAGAGCUUUUCCCUAAUGGUAUUCCUCAGUGUGGAGCUGAUAGCUUAAGAUUUGCACUGUUAUCUAGCAAUAUUAAAAGUCAAACUGUUAACUUUGAUGUGAAUUAUGUACGAAGUUGCAGGAACUUUUGUAAUAAAAUUUGGCAAGGAACAAGAUUUCUGUUUGGAGUCAUGAAAGAAGGUUAUAGUGCUUUGACAUAUAACCUGUAUGAGGUUCAUGACAAACUGUCUCCGUUGGAUCAUUGGAUAUUAAGUCAUUUGUCUAAUCUUGUGGACACCUGCAACCAAAGCUUUCCUGAUUGUAAUUUUCAUUUAGCCACAACUGCACUGCAAGAUUUCUGGAUCAGACAGUUCUGUGAUAUUUAUUUGGAAAGUGUUAAACCCAUCUUGAAGUCCACCAAUCAGCAGUCCAGGAAACUUGUAAUUAGUGUCAUGCUUAAUUGUAUUCACACUUUUAUACGUCUAAUCAAUCCAUAUAUGCCCUUCUUGUCGGAAGAUCUGUACCAACGACUUCCUGAGCCAUUAGGUAAUGCAAAGGCCCUGAGUGUCAACAUUACUUCAUACCCAUCAAGUGAAGAGUAUUACAUAUGGAAGAAUCCCAGUGUAGAAGAAUCAAUGAAACUUGUAUUAGAAAUUGUCAAAGAAACUCGCAGGUUAAAGCUGGAACUUGGGUCAACAAAUGCAAGUUUACCAGCAGCCAUAGUUGGUGUAAAUGAUUCCGAAUUACUUGGAAGUCUUGAAAGUUUUUCCACUGUGAUAACUACCUUAGUGAAAUUGAAUUCCACAACCUUCCACUUUGUUGACUCAUCUGAUGCUCAGAGACCUGAUUGGGUAGCUCGUGUCAUUAAUAACAAAAUAAAGGUUUUUCUUAAAGGACAGACAUCACAUAGAAAAGAAAUGGUGCAGACCUCUCAAGUACAAAAGAAGAUCCAUAUUUUGAAAUCUGAAUUGGAGAAGUUAACUCGUAUGGUCUCUGAUCCAGGCUACAAAACUAAAGCACCUGAAACUGUUAAAGAAUCUCAUCUGAAGAAGAAAGCCUAUUUAGAAGCUGAACUUCAGAAGUUACUUACACUUAAGAAAACAUCUUAAUAACAGAGCUACCUUUUCAUAUGAGGAUGUCGAAAGAGAAUUUAUGAAAAGCAGCUACCUCAAGUAACAUACUUAUUAAACAUUGUAUGUUAAGUUUAAUGAUGUUUACUUUAGUACAAGAAUUGUAAAUGUAGAAGUGACUAAUAAAACUGAGCUUUAGCAAUAAAUACUUCUAGGGAAUUGUAUGAAAACUGAAUUUUUUUUUACAAAUUAGUAAGAACUUCUGAGUGAAUGUAAAGGAAAGUGUAUGAUAGUAUAUAAACUGAACUAUACUAUAUCCAGUGCCAAAGAUGCCUUUCAUCCAAGACCAGGACUCUUCAGGAUGGCUAGGAUGUGAAAAAUAUAGUAAUAGAUGAGACACUAUUUAUAAUGGUAGAAAAAAGCAAUAACAGUGUUUGAGUUUUCAUGUUGGAUUUUACUUAUGAAAGUACUUUUUGAGAUAGUAAUUCAGCAUGUACUAGAUGUUUUGGUAUCUUACAAAUGAAAUUUCACAUGAAUUUAGUUACUAUGGUAACUUUAUUUCUGUUAAAAAGCACAAAACAAUUUUAGAGAACAUUUCAUAGAUAUGUUAGAACAGUUUAGAAAUAUUCUGAUGUUUUUAUAGAUACAGAUAAAAACAAUUGAAGUUGUGUUCAGGUUCUAACAAUAUUUCUGUCUAGUAUUAAAAUGAAAUCUUGUAUUUUGAACAUCAUCUUGAAGAAUUUAAAUUAUUAGCCAUACGUACAGUCUGUUUAAUGACAAAUUUGUUUCCUUUGUCACUUUUUUCAAGUUAUAAACAUACGACUUUGUUACGUGUGUGUUUUUCUUUCUAGCACAAAGCCACAUGGGGCUAUCUGCUGUGUCCUCUGAGGGGAAUCAAACCCCUAAUUUUAGCAUUGUAAAUCCAAAGACUUACCGCUGUCCCAGCAGGGGAAGUUUUGUUAUGUACAUUUGAUCAGUUUUUAAUCCUUUCUGUCAGGCUUUUCUUUGGAAAUGAGCUCAAAAAUGUCAUUUUUUUAUCCCACUUUUUGAUAUUCUGUUUUUAUAUAUUUCUGACACAAAAGUUCUUUCAUGAUCUGUUGUUAUAUUUCUGCAGAAAAUAUAUGCUAUAAAUAAAAGGAUUUAUAUGUGAUGCAUAUUAUUUCAAUGAAACUAUGGUAAAGAAAGGCAUGCUUUUCUCCAGUGUUUAUAAUACAUAAUUCAGAAUAAAUGUGAUAUAGACCAGCACAAAUAGCAUUUCCAAUGUCAUCUACUGAGCACUGAUUGUAAUACAUGCAAAUAAUUAAAAAUACAGUAACAAAUGAUUUGUAUAUAUUAACUCGGGCAUAUAUUUUUUAAAACAUGGAAGGCACCUGAGUUACCUUGGACAAAUCAAGAAAGGGGUUAAAUAAGUUAGGUAAUGCACAUUAUUGGUAUAAAUAUAAAGUAUACACACUUGAUUUAUUUUCAAUAUUGGUACAACAUAUUUACCCUGUUUUACAAACACAACUUUACACGAGUUUUCUUUCCUUUUAUAAUUGAGCUACAUUGAAGAUAUUUGGUGCAGCAAUUUUUUAUGUAAUGAAUAUUAAGCCCAA